AUGAAGAAAAAAAGAAGAAUAUGGAUGGAAAAUAUUAAUUAUUUCAGAAAAGAAUGCAGUGAAUUCAAACUAUUCUAUGAAUUAACAAAUCAUGGCUUUCGCACAUAUUUUAGAAUGACAAGAGACGAGUUUGAAUAUUUGCAUAGUUUAAUAGAAGAUGACAUUAAAAAAGAAAAUACAAAUUAUAGAGAAGCUAUUGGUACAAGAGAGCGUCUCGUCAUUACAUUAAGAUAUCUUAUAACCGGAACUACAUAUACAGCAUUGUCAAAAAGCUAUAGAAUAGGCCGUUGUACGCUCUCCGAAAUAAUACCAGUAGUAUGUGAAUCUUUAUGGAUCAAGUUGCAGCCAAAAGUAAUGAAGCUCCCUACUGAACCCGAAUGGAAAGUUAUAGCAAAAGACUUUUAUGAUUUGUGGAAUUUCAAUAAUUGCCUUGGUGCAAUUGAUGGCAAGCACGUGGUAAUUUUUUCGCCCCGUAAAUCGGGAUCACAGUACUUUAACUACAAAAAAACAUUUUCGAUUGUACUGUUAGCAAUUGCUGAUGCUCAUGGAAGAUUUAUAAUGAUCGAUGUUGGAUCAAUGGGCAGAUACAGUGACAGCGGAAUAUUCACAGAUAGUAAUUUCUACAAUGUGUUGCAAAACAAUGGAUUGAGAUUACCCGCAGAUGAACCCCUAUAUGAAGGAGGUUUGCCUCAGCCUUAUGUUUUUAUUGGUGACUGUGCAUUUCCGUUGAUGACACAUUUAUUAAAACCAUAUCCUGAUCAUGAAAGGUUGGAUAAAGACCAGUUAAUAUUUAAUUAUAGACUGAGCAGAGCACGCCGAAUGGUAGAAAGUGCGUUUGGUAUGUUGGUGCACAAAUGGCGUAUCUUUUUUAGGCCAUUAGAUGUUAAAAUAAGUACCGCCAAAAAAAUUGUAAAGGCUGCGUGCGUUCUACAUAACUAUGUAUUACAGAAUGAAAUCGAAAAGGCGCCUUCACAGUCAGUUUUUUCUGAUAAUAUGUCAAGAAAUUACUCCGAGGUAUCUGAACAAAACUCAGCAGAUUUUGAAGACGGCUUUUUUGUGAGAGAAUAUUUCAUGGAAUAUUUUAAUUCCGUUGGAACAGUUUCGUGGCAAAAUAACCGUGUGCAAAAUGUAUUAGAUUCUGAUAGGAUAACACAUAACUUACAUUAG